AGAGAAGUGGAAUGAUGAGAAGUCAAAGGUAGUAAAGGAUACAAAGGUGGAGAAACAGGAAAAGAAACAGAAGACAAAGCAGGAGAAGAUGGAGCAGAAGCAGGAGAUGAAGGAGAAGGAGGAGGAGAAGCAGGGAGAGCAAGAAAAGCCUGUCACUGUGAGGAAGAGAAAUAAACGGCAUCUGAGAGUCACCUAUGCACCUGACACUGUGACCUUUGAAUCUGCAGAAAAGACUAUGUCUGGGACUUCUCGUCCUCGACUCAGGGAGAGGUCUGCAUCCGAGGAGAGCAGGAGCGAGCUAAGCACCUCAUCCUUACCUGGAGACACACUGCCCUGGAACUUGCCUAAGCACCAGCGCAUCAAACGCUCCAAGUCAGCCUCUGGAGAUGUGCUGGACCCUGCAGACAGAGCCGUCAUUCGCAUCGCAGAUGAGCGUGAUCGAGUACAGAAAAAGACCUUCACAAAAUGGGUGAACAAGCAUCUCAUGAAGGCACAGAGGCACAUCACAGACCUGUACGAGGAUCUGCGAGAUGGCCACAACCUCAUUUCCUUGCUGGAGGUACUCUCUGGAGAGACACUGCCGAGGGAACGUGACGUUGUCAGGAACUCACGGUUGCCCAGAGAGAAGGGUCGCAUGCGCUUUCACAAGCUCCAGAAUGUGCAGAUUGCCCUGGACUUUCUCAAACACAGACAGGUAAAACUGGUCAACAUCAGGAAUGAUGACAUAGCAGAUGGAAACCCUAAACUGACCCUUGGGCUGAUAUGGACCAUCAUUCUUCACUUCCAGAUCUCAGACAUCCAGGUAAAUGGUCAGUCAGACGACAUGACUGCCAAAGAGAGGCUGCUGCUGUGGUCUCAGCGCAUGGUGGAAGGCUACCAUGGUCUGCGCUGUGACAACUUUACCACCAGCUGGAGAGAUGGCAGGCUCUUCAACGCCAUUAUCCACAAACAUAGGCCAAGUCUGAUUGACAUGAAUAAGGUGUACAGACAGACGAAUUUGGAGAAUUUGGAGCAGGGAUUCAGCGCAGCAGAAAAAGAGUUGGGCGUCACCCGCCUGCUCGAUCCAGAAGAUGUGGAUGUGCCACACCCUGAUGAGAAGUCUAUCAUUACCUACGUCUCUUCUCUGUAUGACGUCAUGCCAAGGGUUCCAAACGUCCAGGAUGGAGUCCAGGCCAAUGAGCUGGAGCUGCGCUGGCAGGAGUACUAUGAGCUGGUCACCAUGCUGCUGCAGUGGAUAAGACACCAUAUUGUUGUGUUUGAGGAGAGCAAAUUCCCCGCCAGUUAUGAGGAAAUUGAGGUUCUUUGGCGCCAGUUCCUCAAAUACAAGGAGACAGAGCUGCCAGCAAAGGAGGCCGACAAAAAUCGCUCCAAGCAUAUUUACAAAGCUUUUGAGGGUGCAGAGCAGAAGGGUCAGAUUAAGGUUCCUCCUGGUUACCAUCCCAUCGAUGUGGAGAAAGAGUGGGGUCGUCUGCAUGCAGCCAUACUUAAACGAGAGCGACUGCUCAAAACUGAGUUUGAACGGCUGGAGCGACUGCAGAGGACAGUUGGUAAGGUGCAGACAGAAUCAAGUGUGUGUGAGGAGCAGCUGAAUCAGGUGGAGACACUGCUGCAGACGGAUGUGCGUUCUCUGGGAACUGGAAAGCCAGUCAAGCAUGCAGCAGAGAUUGAAACUGACCUGGACAAGGCUGAGAACAUGAUCCGCUAUCUCUUCAAUGACGUACAGCUUCUUAAGGAUGGCCGCCAUCUACAGGCAGAACAGAUGUACAGGAGAGUAUACCGUCUGCAUGAGCGUCUUGUGAACCUGCGCAGCGAGUACAAUCUGCGCUUGAAGUCUGGAGUACCAGUGACACAGGUACCCGCGAUGCAGGUGUCUGCAUCUCCAAUCCUGCAGCAGGCCCCUCAGCGCGUGCGUCCCGAGCUGGAUGAAGUCACGCUCCGCUACAUUCAGGACCUGCUGGCCUGGGUAGAAGAAAACCAAAGACGUAUGGACAACUCAGAGUGGGGAGCAGACCUGCCCUCUGUAGAAUCUCAACUGGGCAGUCACAGAGGCCUUAAUCAGUCUAUAGAGGACUUUAAAUCUAAGAUCGACCGUGCACGGGCAGAUGAGAAUCAGUUAACCCCUGCAAGUAAAGCAGCAUACAGGGAUUACCUGGCCAAGUUGGACCUACAAUACAAAAAACUUCUGAACUCCUCUAAGGCUCGGCUGUCCAGUCUGACCCAGCUUCAUGCGUUUGUUAUAGCUGCUACUAGAGAACUGAUGUGGCUUAAUGAAAAAGAGGAGGAAGAGGUGAACUAUGAUUGGAGUGACCGCAACACCAAUAUGACUGCCAAGAAGGAUAACUACUCGGGCCUGAUGAAAGAACUAGAGCAGAGGGAAAAGAGAGUGAAUGCCGUUCAAGCCACUGGAGAGAAACUGCUUAAGGAAGGCCAUCCAGCCAGGAGCAUUGUGGAGGCAUUCACAGCUGCUCUGCAGACUCAGUGGAGCUGGAUCUUACAGCUGUGCUGCUGCAUUGAGACUCACCUCAAAGAGAACACUGCCUACUUCCAGUUUUUUGCAGAUGUAAAAGAAGCAGAGGAGAAAAUGAGGAAGAUGCAGGAGACAAUGAAGAAGAAAUAUGUGUGUGACCGCUCCAUCACUGUGACACGCCUAGAGGACCUUGUACAGGAUGCUGAGGAUGAGAAAGAACAACUGAAUGAGUUUAAGACUCACCUAGAUGGCCUAAACAGGAGAGCCAAGACCAUUGUUCAACUUAAACCCCGAAAUCCUGCCACCCCAAUCAAAGGCAAACUACCCCUUCAGGCUGUGUGUGACUUCAAACAAAUGGAGAUCACAGUACACAGGGGAAACGAAUGCAUGCUGUUAAACAACUCACAGGUCUCCAAGUGGAAGGUAAGAAGCACAAAUGGAAAUGAAGCGUCAGUGCCGUCCAUCUGCUUCAUCGUUCCACCCACCAACAAGGAGGCUGUAGAAAGCUGCACUGGUCUGGACUCAAGUCUACAGAAGCUGAUGAUUCUCUGGCAGAAGUUACACGUGGACAUGAAGAGUCUUCUGUCCUGGCAGUAUCUUAUGAGAGACAUUCAGUUCAUCAACUCUUGGAACAUAAUUAUGUUUAGGACUUUAAAGUUGGAAGAGUACAAUCUAUCUCUGAAGAACCUAGAGCAGCAUUAUCAGAUCUUCAUGCGUGAUAGCCAAGACUCAGAACUGUUUGGUGCAGAUGAGCGUAUGCGGGCCGAGACUUCUUUUAAUAAUGCUACUCAGCACUAUGAUAACUUACAGCGCUCGUUAGAGCAAGAACCUGUCUUCACCUCCAAAGACAAAGUUUCUGGAGAGCAGGAUGAGUCUGAGUGUAAGAACUACAUCACUCAGAUUAAAGACCUGAGGCUAAGACUUGAGGGCUGUGAGUCACGUAUGGUCAGCCGUCUACGGCAGCCAGUGGACAAGGACCCACAGAAAACUUGCGCCCAGAGGGCCACUGAGCACAAGAAAGAGCAGACAGAGUUGGAUGGCAUCAAGAAAGAUCUGGAUGCUGUGGUCAAGCAGAGUGAAGCUGCGUUAGCCACUUCUCAGCAAUCCACCUCCGCUCCUGUUCUGCGUUCUGAGCUCGACAUCACCCAGAAGAAGCUGAAACAUAUCUACAGCCUCUCCUCUGUCUACCUGGAUAAGCUGAAGACCAUUGAAUUGGUAAUACGCAGCACACAAGGUGCUGAAGAUGCUCUCAGAAAGUAUGAGAACCUGCUGCGUGAUGUCCACAAAGUUCCAGCAGAUGGAAAAGAGUUAGAGACCGCCAAAGUACAGCUGAAGCAACUACGCUCAGAAGCUGAGAGUAACCAGCCAACAUUUGACCAGCUUGAUGCUGACCUUCAGAACGCUGCUACAGUUACAGAGUGCAUGUCUCAGGUCCACAGCGAGCGUGAUGCUGAGUUGGAUCACUACAAGCAGCUGGUAACAGGCCUGAGGGAGCGCUGGCAGGCUGUAUUUGCCCAGUUUGAUUUUCGCCAGAAGGAACUGGAACUGUUGGGCAAACAUAUGCAAGAUUAUAGACAGACCUAUGACUGGCUCAUCCGCUGGAUUGCAGAUGCCAAGCAGAGACAAGAGAAGAUACAGGCAAUGCCCAUCAAUGAUAUCAAGGCCCUUAAAGAACAGCUGGCUCAGGAGAAGAAACUCCUUGAAGAGAUUGACACAAAUAAAGCUAAGGUGGAUGAGUGCGAAAAACACACUAAAUCCUACAUUGACACAGUAAAGGAUUAUGAACUUCAGUUAGUCACCUAUAAAGCACUGGUGGAGCCCAUUGCAUCACCUCUGAAGAAAAUUAAGAUGGAGUCUGCAUCUGACAGCAUUAUUCAAGAGUAUGUCAUUCUAAGAACACACUACAGUGAGCUGCUGACACUGACAAGCCAGUAUAUUAGGUUCAUCAUGGAUACACAAAAACGCUUUGAGGUUGAAGGGAAAGCUACCGAAAAACUUGUAGAAGAAGAGAGGCGUAAAAUGGCUGAGAUGCAAGCCGAGUUAGAAAAGCAGAAACAGUUAGCAGAAACUCACGCUAAGGCCAUUGCCAAAGCAGAGCAAGAAGCGGCCGAACUGAAGCUAAAGAUGCAAGAAGAGGUCAGCAAAAGACAAGGAGUUGCUCUUGAUUCUGAAAAACAGAAACAAAACAUCCAACAGGAGCUGCAGGAACUAAGAAAACUCUCUGAUCAUGAGAUUAAAGUUAAAAGCCAACAAGUAGAAGAGGCCUUGCAAAGUAGAAUCAAGAUUGAGGAAGAAAUCCGCAUAAUCCGACUUCAGCUAGAAACAACUGAGAAACAGAAAUCUACAUCAGAGGCAGAACUACAGCAACUCAGGGACAAAGCGGCCGAGGCUGACAAACUUAGAAAGGCUGCCCAAGAAGAGGCAGAAAAGCUAAGAAAACAAGUCAGCGAAGAGACUCAGAAAAAACGCAAGGCAGAGGAAGAGUUAAAACAGAAAUCAGAGGCAGAAAAGGAGGCUGCAAAGCAGAAGCAAAAGGCUCUCGAGGAUCUGCAGAAGUUCAAGCAUCAAGCCGAAGAGGCUGAAAGGCGCGUGAAGCAGGCUGAAGUGGAAAAAGAAAGGCAAAUCAAAGUCUCUGCAGAGGUGGCACAGCAAACAGCGGCCACGACGCUGCAGAGUAAACCCUCACCAUUAGCUGAAAAAACAACAAAACUGGAAGAGUCGCUGAAACAGGAGCAAGGCACUGUUAUUCAGCUGCAGGAGGAGGCAGAUCGUCUGAAAAGACAACAAGCUGAUGCAGAUAGAGCAAGAGAAGAAGCUGAGAAAGAACUGGAGAUGUGGAGACAGAAGGCCAACGAAGCUCUUCGUCUGAGACUCCAGGCUGAGGAGGAAGCCCUUAAGAAGAGCGCUGCUCAGGAGAUGGCCGAAAAGCAGAAAGAGGAAGCUAAACAAGAGGCAAAGAAGAGGGCCAAAGCUGAAGAGGCUGCACUCAAACAAAAAGAGGUUGCAGAGAAGGAGCUUGAAAAGCAAAGAAAGCAAGCCGAAGAAACUGCUCAACAAAAGCUCGCAGCAGAGCAAGAGCUUAUCCGUUUGAAAUUAGAUUUUGAACACGCAGACCAGCAAAGAGCUUUACUGGAUGAUGAACUUCAACGACUCAAAAAUGAAAUUAACUCAGCUGUACAGCAAAGGAAGCAACUGGAGGAGGAACUUUCCAAAGUAAGACAGGAGAUGGAAGUACUUGUGCUACUAAAAACCAAGGCUGAAAAAGAAUCCUUGUCAAGUACUGAAAAGAGCAAGCAAUUUGUUGAAUCUGAGGCAGCCAAAAUGAGGGAACUUGCCGAAGAGGCUGCUAAACUGAGGUCAAUUGCUGAGGAAGCCAAGAAACAAAGGCAACUCGCAGAGAAUGAAGCAGCCAAACAGAGAACAGAGGCUGAAAAGAUCCUGAAAGAAAAACUAGCUGCUAUUAAUGAAGCAACUCGUUUGAAAACUGAGGCUGAAAUCGCUCUAAAAGAGAAGGAAGCUGAGAAUGAACGUUUGAAGAGAAAGGCUGAGGAGGAAGCUUAUCAAAGGAAGGCAUUAGAAGACAAGGCAGCUCAGCACAAGCAAGAUAUUGAAGAAAAGAUUAGCCAGUUAAAGACAUCCUCCGACGCUGAAUUAGACAGACAGAAGGGAAUUGUUGAUGAAAUAUUGAAACAGAAGAAAGUUGUAGAAGAGGAGAUUUAUAUCUUAAAACUAAACUUUGAAAAGGCCUCAGUGGGAAAGCAAGACCUUGAACUUGAGCUUAAGAAACUUAAGGACCUUGCAGAAGAAACUGGAAAGAGUAAAGUAAAAAUAGAAGAGGAGGCAGAGAAAUUUAGAAAACUGGCACAAGAGGAAGAGAAAAAACGAAAGGAGGCGGAAGAAAAAGUAAAAAAGAUCGCAGCUGCUGAAGAAGAGGCAGCAAGACAGUGCAAGGCUGCUCAGCAAGAAGCUGAGCAUCUUAAAAAGAAAGCUGAAGAGGCCAAAACACAGAGAGAAAAUGCUGACAAGGAAGCUGAGAAACAGAAGAUUUUAGCUAAAGAGGCUGCACAAAAGUAUUCUGCUGCUGAGCAGACAGCUCAAGAAGUCAUUGUCCAACAGAAAGAGGAUAACCUUGCUCAAGGUAAGCUAACAGAAGAAUUUGAGAAGGCAAAGAAAUUGGCAAGCAAUGCGGAAAAAGCCAAAAAGAAAGCUGAAAAAGAAGCUGCUCUGCUUCAGCAAAAAGCGGAUGAGGCUGAACGUCAAAAGCAAGCAGCUGAAGCAGAAGCAGCUAAACAGGCCAAAGCUCAGGAGGAAGCUGAAAAAUUAAGAAAAGAAGCUGAAACAGAAGCUUCAAAACGUGCUAAAGCAGAAACAGAUGCACUGAAACUGAAACAGAAGGCUGAGGAAGAAAUGGCCAAGCACAAACAACUUGCUGAAACAACGCUGAAUCAAAAGUCUCAGGUUGAGCAAGAGUUAGCAAAGGUCAAACUACAACUUGAAGAAACAGACAAACAGAAAUCCCUCUUUGAUGAUGAACUGAAGCGCCUAAAGAAUGAAGUCAGUGACGCUGUAAAGCAGAAAGCACAGGUGGAAGAUGAGCUUACUAAAAUAAAAAAUCAGAUGGAGCUAUUAAUCAAAUUGAAGGUCAAGAUUGAAGAGGAGAAUCAGCGACUUAUGAAAAAAGAUGAAGAAAACACUAAGAAAUUCCUUGAAGAGGAAGCUGAGAAAUUGAAAAAUCUAGCUGAAGAGGCUGCUCGGGUUAGUGUUGAUGCACAAGAAGCUGCCAGACUGAGACAACUUGCAGAGGCUGAACUUGCUCAACAAAGAGAAUUGGCUGAAAAGAUGCUCAAGGAAAAAAUGCUAGCUAUUCAGGAAGCAACCAAGUUAAAGGCUGAGGCUGAAAAUCUCCAGAAACAAAAAGACCAGGCUCAGGAAGAGGCUCAAAAACUUUUGGAGGCCAAAAAGGAGAUGCAGCAGCGUUUAGAGAACGAGACUGUGGGUUUCCAGAAAUCAUUAGAAGCAGAACGCAAGAAGCAGCAGGAAGUAACUGCCGAGGCUGAGGCACUAAAGCUGAGGGUAACGGAGCUAAGCAAUGCACAGAAAAAGGCAGAAGAAGAGGCUGUGAAAUUUAAAAAGCAGGCAGAAGAAAUCAGAGACCGUUUGCUCGAGACUGAGAAACAAAGUUCUGAAAGAGUUGUUGAAAAACUGGAAGUGGAGAGAUUGCAGAGCAACAAAGAGGCAGAUGAUCUGCGUAAAGCAAUUGCUAUGCUUGAGGAGGAGAAGAACAAACUAAAAAAAGAGGCAAAGGACUUACAAAAUAAAGCAAAAGAGACAGCCAAUGUGCAACAAGAACAAAUACAACAAGAGAAGAUGGCACUUGAGCAGACUUUCCUUACAGAGAAAGAGUCUUUGCUAAAAAGGGAGAAGACCAUAGAAGAGGAGAAAAUAAAGCUAGUGAAACAAUUUGAGGAGGAAGUGAAGAAAGCCAAAGCCCUCAAAGAUGAACAAGAGCGACAGAAAAAGCAAAUGGAGGAAGAGAAAAAGAAACUCCAGGCUAUCUUGGAUGAUGCAGUCAAAAGACAGAAAGAAGCUGAAGAAGAGAUGCUCAAUAGGAAGAAAGAAAUGGGGGAGCUAGAAAAGCAAAAACAAGAACAAGAAAAAGUUAUGGGUAAGGAAAACAAGAAACUAAGAGAAAAGCUUCAGCAACUCCAGGGAGCACAGAAACCCGCAAUAUCCCAAACAAAGGAAAUCAGAACACAAACUGACAAUGUUACUGAGGAAGAGUUAGUCACAGUAAAAGUCCAGGAAACAACAAGCAAAGUUUAUAACGGUUCUGAAGAAGGGGAUGGUGUAAAAUCAAACAAGGAAUCACCAUUGGCAUUUGAUGGAAUCCGGGAGAAGGUACCUGCAAGCCGACUUAAUGAGAUUGGUGUGCUUAACAAAAAAGAAUUUGACAAACUCAAGAAAGGCAAAACUACUGCGAAAGAGCUUAGCAAGCUGGACAAAGUUAAGAUGUGUCUGAAAGGCAAGGAUUGCAUUGGCGGUAUAAUUGCAGAACCCAACCAAAAAAUGAGCAUCUAUCAAGCUUUGAAAGAAAACAAAAUUUUACCUAUCACAGGUACGACACUUCUUGAAGCUCAGGCUGCAACUGGAUAUAUUAUUGAUCCCAUCACAAACAGAAGGCUUUCUGUCAAUGAAGCAGUAAAGGAGAGCAUUAUUGGCCCUGAACUUCACUCCUUAUUGCUCUCUGCUGAAGGGGCUGCCACUGGUUUCAAAGACCCUUUCACUGGGCAAAAGAUCUCAUUAUUUGAAGCCAUGAAAAAGGGCCUGGUCUCAGAGGAGCAAGCAACUAAACUACUUGAUGCUCAAAGUGCAACUGGAGGCAUAAUUGAUCCAGUAAACAGUCACCGUGUGCCACUCCAAAUGGCAUGUAAACAAGGUCAGCUGGAUGAGGAGCUAAGUAAAGUCUUGUCCAAUCUUCCCGAUGAUAGAAAAGGAUUUACUGAUCCCAACACGCAAGAAAGCCUCAGUUAUCAUCAGCUGAUAGAAAGAUGUACACCAGAUACUGAAACUGGCUUUCCACUUCUACCUGUUACAGAGAAAGCAUCCAUUAUUGAAAGGACAUACACAGAUGAAGAAACAAAAGAUACAUUCAGUAAAACUAAUGUGUCAGUGCCAUUUGGAAGAUUUUCAGGAAAGAUUGUGACCAUCUGGGAAGUUAUCAAUUCUGAGUACUUCAGUGAGGAGCAAAGAAAAGAUCUUAUUCGUCAGUACAAAUCAGGCAAAAUUACAGUCGAGAAAAUAAUAAAGAUUGUAAUUACUGUUGUGGAAGACAAAGAGAAAAACAAAGAACCAACUUUUGAUGGUUUGAGAUCAUCUGUGCCAGCAUCUGAGCUUCUAGAUUCAAAGAUCAUCAAUAAAGAUUUAUUUAAUGAGUUACAUAAUGGCAAAACUUCUGUUAAAGAGGUGUCUGAGAGGGAACCUAUUAAGAAAGCCUUAAAGGGAACAAAUAGUAUUGCUGGAGUGUACAAUGAGUUAACUAAGGAGAAAUUAUCGAUCUAUGAAGCCAUGAAGAAGAAAAUGCUUGAAGCAGAACCUGCACUUAACCUCCUGGAAGCUCAAGCUGCAACUGGCUUCAUAAUUGAUCCAGUGAAAAACCAAAAGCUCACAGUUGAUGAGGCUGUAAAAUCGGGUAUUGUUGGUCCAGAGUUGCAUGAAAAAUUGUUAUCAGCGGAAAGAGCAGUAAGUGGGUACAAGGAUCCAUAUACUGGAAAGACUGCAUCUUUAUUUGAAGCAAUGCAAAAAGACCUCAUCAACAAAGCUUAUGCCACCCGGCUACUGGAGGCCCAACUUGCAACUGGAGGAAUCAUUGACCCAGUGAAGAGCUAUCGAAUUCCUCAGGAUAUUGCCUAUAAACGUGGAUACUUCAGUGAGAAAAUGUCAGAGGCCUUAAGCAGCACAUCUGACAUUAGCAAAGUAUUUCUGGACCCAAACACAAAGGAGAAUGUUUUUUAUGCAGAGCUGCUGAAGACAUGCAUCAAUGAUAAAGAAACAGGACUACCGUUGUUGCCACUUUCAGAAAAAGCUAUGAGUCAGACCACGUCCAAUGAAUCAGACACAGCUUUAAAUGAGAAGACAAAAGAAGCCCUAGAUAAGGCAACAUUGGAGUUACACUGUGGACCCUUAAAAGGAAGAACGGUUACCAUCUGGGAAAUUAUAAACUCUGAAUAUUUGACAGAAGAACAGAGGAUUGAAAUAAUACGACGGUACACAUCAGGCAAGAUCACAAUUGAAAAGAUUAUUAGCAUUGUCAUCACAAUGGUUGAUGAAAAUGAGAAUAAAAAGCAGCAACAUACAUUUAAAGGCCUCAGACAACCUGUGAAUGCAACAUCCCUGUUAGAAUCUAAAAUCAUUGAUAAAUCCACUUAUGAUCAACUCCAGCAAGGCGACAAGAAGCCAAAAGAGAUAAGUGAAACUGAUUCAGUCAAGAGGUUCUUGCAAGGAUUAGACGGUAUUGCUGGAGUACUUGAUGAAACAUCAAAAGAAAAGCUCAGCAUUUACCAGGCAAUGAAGCAGAAAUUACUAACGCACAGUACUGGCCUUUCAUUGUUGGAGGCACAAGCAGCAAGUGGGUUUAUUAUUGAUCCAGUUAGAAAUCAGAGGUUUACAGUGGAUGAUGCUGUAAAAGCUGGUCUUGUUGGACCUGAGCUACAUGAAAAACUUCUGUCUGCAGAGAAGUCAGUAACUGGAUAUAAAGAUCCAUACACCGGUCACAAGAUUUCGCUGUUCCAGGCCAUGCAAAAAGAACUUGUCCCUAGAGAUCAUGCCAUUUCUCUUCUUGAUGUUCAAGAGGCCACUGGUGGAAUAGUCGAUCCAGUAAAUAGCCACCGUGUUCCUACAGACAUAGCCAUUCAGCGUGGUUACCUAAACAAGCAAGUAGUCAAGUCCUUCAAAGAUCCCUCUGAUGACAUCAAAUAUUUUAUCAAUCCCAACAACCAAGAGGGUGUCACUUACAAACAGCUUAUGAAAAAGUGUACAAAAGACCCUGAUUUUGGCUUUCAUCUCUUACCACUUUCUAAGGCUGAAACUCCAAAAGAUAUUGAGAAGUCAUUUGUUUACACUGAAGAACAAGCACAAUCAGACUUGGCUUGUACUCAAAUAGAUAUACCACACAAAAGUUUUGCAGGAAAAGAAAUGUCCUUAUGGGAUGUCAUGUCAUCAGACAUGAUAUCUGAUGAGGAUAAACGAAGACUUAUUGAACAAUACCGGUCAGGAAAAAUCACAAAGGAGAGAAUGAUUAUCAUUGUCAUUGAAAUUAUUGAACACAGAGAAAUCAUUAAAACUGAGCAAAGUAUGUUGUGUGAUGUAAUCAGACGCAGAGUUACAAUUGAAGAGCUAUACAGCUCUCGUAUAAUCGACCUUGAAACCUACAAUCUACUAAAACAAGGCAAGAAAACCAUUCGGGAGGUUAUGGAAAUGCCGACUGUUAAGCACUACCUCUUUGGUACAGGCAGCAUUGCUGGUGUGCUUUCAGACAACUCUGCCAAAGUUAGCAUUUACCAGGCCAUGAGAAGAGGCCUCAUCAAGCCUGAUGUUGCACUUGACUUGUUGGAGGCACAAGCCUCUACUGGAUUUAUGACUGACCCAGUUAAAAAUGAGCUGCUAACAGUUGAUGAGGCAGUCCGCAAGGGUUUAGUUGGCCCUGAACUCCAUGACAAACUCCUGUCUGCAGAAAGGGCAGUCACAGGGUACAAAGACCCAUAUAGUGGAAAAGUUAUUUCUUUGUACCAGGCCAUGAAAAAGGAUCUGAUUCCUGAGGAAUAUGCGUUGAAAAUCUUAGAAGCCCAACUUUCAACUGGUGGCAUUAUGGACCAUGAGUACAAUUUUCACCUUCCAAUUGAUGUUGCAAUGCAGCGUGGAUAUAUCAACAAAGAAACUAGUGAGAGGCUGUCUACUGCUGUCAAAGGGUUUACCGAUCCAACAACAGAGGAAAAGUCAUCAUAUGCUCAACUUCUCAAAAGAUGCAAAGUUGACAAAGACAGUGGAAUGUAUUUACUGUCUCUUGCAGACAAGAAACUCCUAUUAAGGGGUUUGAGGAAGCAAAUUACCUUGGAUGAACUGCUAUCCUCUGAGAUCAUUGAUCAGAAGACCUACACAGAGCUCACAGAAGGCAUAAUCUCAGUGGAAGACAUAAGCAAACAAUUAAAGAAAUACCUUGAGGGUACAAGUUGUAUUGCAGGUGUGUAUGUGGAAGCUAGUAAAGAACGACUCUCAAUCUAUCAAGCAAUGAAGAAAAACAUGAUUAGACCAGGCACUGCAUUUGAACUGCUGGAGGCCCAAGCAGCCACUGGAUAUGUCAUUGAUCCUAUUAAAAAUCUUAAAUUGACAGUAAAUGAAGCCGUUAAAAUGGGAGUGGUUGGCCCAGAGUUUAAAGACAAGCUUCUGUCUGCUGAGCGAGCUGUGACUGGGUACAAUGAUCCAUACUCUGGCAAGGUCAUUUCCCUAUUCCAAGCCAUGAAAAAAAAUCUGAUCCUUAAAGAUCAUGGCAUUCGUCUUUUGGAGGCUCAAAUUGCCACAGGUGGAAUUAUUGAUCCUGAGGAGAGUCACCGUCUUCCUGUGGAAAUGGCAUACAAACGUGGCCUCUUUGAUCAGGAGAUGAACAAUAUUCUUACAGAUCCCUCUGAUGAUACUAAAGGUUUCUUUGAUCCAAAUACAGAAGAAAAUCUGACCUACCUUCAGUUAAUGGAGCGAUGCAUGACUGACCCUGAAACUGGACUUGCUCUUUUACUGCUAAAAGAGAAGAAACGAGAAAGAAAGACCUCAUCAAAGUCAUCAGUGCGCAAACGCAGGGUAGUGAUUGUGGACCCUGAAACAGGAAAAGAAAUGUCUGUCUACGAGGCCUACCGCAAAGGUCUUAUUGAUCAGCAGACAUAUAUGGAGCUAUCAGAACAGGAAUGUGAAUGGGAAGAAAUUACCACUUCAUCCUCAGAUGGGGUCAAGUCUAUGAUCAUUGAUAGAAGGUCUGGGCGUCAGUAUGACAUCGAUGAUGCUCUCACCAAGGGUCUUAUAGACCAGUCGGCAUUGGACCAGUAUCGUUCAGGUACCCUGUCUAUCACUGAAUUUGCUGAUAUGUUGUCUGGCAAUAUGAGCGGUUCUAGAUCACGUUCGUCUUCUUUUGGCUCAUCCUCAUCAUACCCCAUGAGCCCAGUUCCCUCUAUAAGAGCCCCAGCAACAACUUGGAAUGACCCAACAGAGGAAACUGGUCCAGUGGCUGGGAUAUUAGACACAGAUACUCUGGAAAAGGUAUCAGUUACAGAGGCCAUGCACCGGAACCUGGUUGACAACAUUACUGGUCAAAGACUCCUCGAAGCACAGGCAUGCACUGGUGGUAUAAUUGACCCAACUACCGGUGAAAAGUUCACUGUUGCCGAUGCAAUGAACAAAGGCCUGGUUGACAAAAUAAUGGUUGAUCGCAUCAACUUGGCUCAGAAGGCCUUCCAGGGGUUUGAAGAUUCAAGAACUAAAGCCAAAAUGUCAGCUGCCCAAGCUUUAAAGAAGGGUUGGCUGUAUUAUGAAGCUGGCCAGCGUUUCCUUGAAGUCCAAUAUCUGACUGGUGGAUUAAUUGAACCAGACGUUCAAGGCAGAGUGUCUUUAGACGAGGCUGUACAGAAGGGUACCCUAGAUGCACGUACUGCCCAAAAACUGAGAGAUAUUAGUGGAUACUCCAAAUACCUCACCUGUCCCAAAACAAAGCUAAAGAUCUCUUAUAAAGAUGCCAUGGACAGAAGCAUGAUUGAGGAGGGCACUGGGUUACGCUUACUGGAGGCAUCAUCCCAGUCUACUAAAGGUCUUUAUAGCCCAUACAAUGUCAGUGGCUCCGGAUCAACUUCAGGGUCCAGGUCUGGCUCCAGAACUGGUUCAAGGUCUGGGUCGAGACGAGGGAGCUUUGAUGCUACAGGCUCUAGCUUCUCCAUGAGUUUUUCCUCGCCUUCUUAUGGCUCCCCAAGCUAUGGACGACGGUACAGUUCCGGCGUGAAUAAUGAGCUGAAUAUAGACAAACUAGCGCAAGCUCUGACAGCAUUAACACUGAACAGGAACUGUUUCUCUGAGGAUAAGAACAUGUUGGCACCAUUACAGCUCCAGUGCUCUUUAAUUGCUUAAUUUGUCUUUAAAACUAUUAUUCUGCUCUGCAUGUGGCUAUUAUGGGGCUGUGGGUCUAUUGCUAAUUAGUGUGUUUUAGUGUAUUUUUAAUGGGCAAAAUAUAUUUUCUGUAUUAUUUUAUAAUUAUUGGGAAUAUCGAAUGUACUUUUUCAUGUUAGAGCUUCAAACAAUGGUUAGAUGGAAUUUCUUUUUAAUAAUCCAUAUUACAAUGGUCAGUGUUAUAAUUACGCUGUUUCUGUAUUUUUCUUUAAUGAGGCUGAUGCCAAAUAUUUACUUUUUUAUUUAAAAUUGGUUGAAGAGAACAAAAUCUGGAAAAGAACAGCAUGUGUGAGAUGUGUAGGAUAUUUUGAUUCUGUCUGUGUAAAGAUCUUUUUCGGAUAUUGGGCAUUUUAACAGAAGCAUGUUCAAAGAACUGGUAACCAUCUGCAGAGCAGAAUAAGGCAUUUUAAAGAAACACAAGGCUUCAAAAACACUUUGGUAAAACUGUCACAGCUCCUUUUCACAUGGAAUGGAACAGCAGCCAUGCCCUUCUAUUGCUGCAUAUUUUAAAUACAUACAGAUGGAUUCAUUGGUCCAGCUAACAAUCUCACUACAACUACAAAAGAACUGACUCAAAAAGACUAAACAAUGCAGUCAUAUCCAAGAGAAAUCCUAUCCUACCCAUACCCAGUCUACGUCAGCUCCUGUCUCAAUCUGUCCCAUUCAAAGAACAAUUCAACUUCACCAAGUCUUCUUCACCAAACGUCACCAGAUGUCUGCAUUCACUAUAUUCUUUUUCUUCCUGAUACAAGGUGCAUCUGCUUUAAAUUUCUAAAUUAAAACUCUGCCACUACUUCAGAACUUCAGAGAUUAAGUAUUUGUGCAUGUGCAUUCACUGCCCACUGUUGAAAUCCUAAGGAACAGAUUUCUCCAAUGAAAAAAAAGCUACAAAUAGACUGUUUGACUGACCAACAUACAUGUUCUGCUACCUUUGUUAAUAUGUUUUGCAGUCAUAGUUCAUUGUUAGUUUUGCUUUAUGUUGUUAAGUUGGUUUUAAAAAAAGGAUUUAAAUCUUCAGACUCAUUUGUGGGAUCUGUGGUUAAACACUAUAGUUGUUCAGGUUGCCUGAAUGGGCCAAAUUAUCUUGUUAUUGACAUUUGCUAAGUUAUAAAAUAUUUGCUGCAAAUAAGUCAGUUAGAUGUUACUGAACAGUCUGAGAUCUAUGACAAAAUUAAAUUUUAUUUAAAGUUCUGUAUAGUAAUAUAUGGCACAGAUAAGGCAGCAGAUUAUGCAUUAUUCACCACAUGUUGUGAAUGUUAAUUGUCAUGUUAAAUAGCCAUUACAGUACUUGUUAUAUUAUAUGUAUAUUUUUGCUUUUAUGUUUAUUCUGCCCACCGUAACAUUUCCAAUUAACAAUGGCAUUUUCUGUAUUCAUAUCAUGUCAAUAUCAGCAAUAUUGUCCUUUUAUUAUUAUCCAUUGUUGUUUUUGCUUUGCAUGUUUGUGCUAAUGUGGUUUAAACAAUGCAGUAUGAACAACUAUGUUCAACAUUGUUUUAAGGAUAUAGUUGAACCAAUAAUGCCUUGAUUUUGGGCAUGGUAAAGAAGACUGUAUAAAAGAAUGGUAUUGUAUUCAUAUGUAAAUAAAGUAUCGAAAUUCAACUAUUAAAAACUGCUUUAAACAUGAA